AGUCAGUUUGUAAGCAGCUAUUGAGUACUGAAACCGAAAAUUUAAUAGUGAACAAAUAUUAAAAAAAAAGAAGAAAAAUGAAGUAUUAUCCUGUGAUAAUCGUUUUAGCGUGUGUUGUGAGUGUUUUUGGAAGUACUUAUAUUGGUAUUGGCAACAGAGUUCCGGGUGAAUACCUUCUGGGCUUUGUGCAAAAUUCAACAACGUAUACGCCAAAUCCGCAAAAUCACACCACUCAACUUUUCUUCCAAGGAACUCCCGGAAAUAACAUUACAUUCGUUCACGUUAAUAUUUUUCCGAACUACUCCUACUUGACGUUCCCAGUUCUAGGACAAUAUUACAAUUUCUGGAUAGACAUAACCUUGUACAAUACAACACAACUUAGUGCCAAUAUGUACGUUUAUGGGUUUAAUGGAACAUCAAUAACAGGAAGAGUUAGGGAUUUCAUUAGAAAACCUAUUGAAACCCCAGAGAUGAUAACACUUCACAAUGAUCCCAAUGAACACUAAAAAGUGUAAAAAAAAAUUAUUGGCUAAAAUAUUUGUAAGUAAAAUUUUAGAAACACUUUAAGUAUGAAUAAAUCUAUGUAUCACUGAAACAUACUUCUUCAUUGAUUCAAAUUUUAACUGUUUCUGACUAAUUUUCCAUAUUCUUCGUUCUGAAGUGUUCUUGAAUAAGUUUCAAGAAGAAAAUUUUGGUAGUGUCGCGUAAUGAAUUCAGACGAUUACCGCACCAAUAUUUACUAAGUAUCUUAAUUCCUUUAGAUUACUCACAUGAGAAUUAUAUCGUAUUAUCUGAGAUAUUCACAAGGGAAGCAAUAUUUAUAUACAGAUUAAAGAGCUAUGUAUUAUCAAUUUUGAACACUCAAUAAAUUUAUCAAAUUACAACAAGAUAAGUUUUAGCAGUCACAGGAGUGAUAAGUUUAUUGGGGCAAUCUAAAGUUGCAAAAUAUUUCAAAUUUAGUCAGUUUUUUAAGCAGUAAUAUAAUUUUCCAAAUCGAAAAUAAAAUAAAGAACAAUAUUAAAAAUUACGAAUUUUACUAUAGACAUACAAAAUAUUACAAUUAAAGUACCAGUAGAAUUAAAAACAAAAAAUAAUAAAAUAAUGAAAAAGUACUAAACAAAGCUUUGGUCUUAUUUAUUAUAGAAAAUUUUUCAUUAUCAACUUUUAUUUUUUUAAAGGAAAUUAAUUACUUUUACAAAAAAUUACAAUGAUCGGUCUUGAAUAAAAUAUGUGACUUAAGACUAGCUAUUAAAAUUGCUAUAGGGUAAGUGUGCCAAAUUUCGUCAUAGUUGCAUGCAAGCGCCAAAGUCUCAAGUUUGAAAAGAAAUAUUUGUAAUACAAUUUUUGUUUUUAAAUUCUUUUAAUGAGUGUUGCUUGGAACCUAUAAUUUAUAAUAAAUAAAAAUGUAGACAUAGCUUUGGUGGCAUAUUUCGACCACCUUACUUCUUAUUGUUCCCCUUUUGGAAUUCUUCCAAAGUCUUUUUUACAUCAUCUCGUUCGUCGAAGGGUCAUUUUUUGUUAUUCUUUUUGCAUUGUAUAAUCUCCAGAGUAACCAAAAACUAAAAUCUCAUGGAAAUUUGAGGAAUAAAAAUAGUGGCCGAAAUUGCAAGCUGGCCGAAAUUUGGUACACUUACCCUAAGUUAGGCCAGAUUCAUUGAAGGAAUAAUGAGAAAAAUAUAAAGUGUUUGAAGUCAGAGUAUGUGCAAAGCCUGAAAGAUUUCACCUUAUUUUUUUCUCAAUAAAAACAUCGAUAAAUGUGUAAGGUACGAAUUCCAAAAUAUAAACAUUCUAUAUCAAGUAUUUCUUAUAUAGAGUGAAUGGGUAAAUAAAACCUGUUGAACAUCCAAAGACAGAAACAAUUAGCAAUGUCUUUAAUUCAGAUAAAAAAUAAUGGUAAAAUAUUCUGAUAUUUCUUAGUAUUUUCUUCUUUAGUACUUUUAUAAACAUUUAAGCUCGAUUAAAUUUAUUGCUGAGA